UGAGUGCUAACAGCUUCUGGUCCGAGUUGUCACAUGACGAGAGAAAAGUCUGACUCCGGAUGGCCAGAGCCGUCUCUGCACAAAAUUUACCAAUGGCAGUGUUAUCAAGCUGACAUGGCAGGCUGAGCUUGUAAGAACCAUGUCGCUCAAAGCUCCUCGCAUGUCAGUGUUCACAUUUCAGUCUGCAGUGCACAGCGCCCAUGUUCUUCAGUGCCUGAAUGACCAGAGGCAGCGGGAUGUCCUGUGCGAUGUGACAGUGGUGGUGGAAAACAGGAGUUUUCGGGCACACAAGUCUGUCUUGGCUUCCUGCAGUGAAUACUUUCACAGCAGGGUUACCAGUGUCACCAGACAGAAUCCCAUCAUCACCUUGCCUGAUGAGGUGACCGUUGAGGGGUUUGAGCCUUUGCUUCAAUUUGCCUAUACAUCAAAGCUGCCCUUCACCAAAGAAAACAUCCAUGCCAUUCACAGCAGUGCUGAGUUUUUGGGAUUUCAUAACUUGGAAUCAGCAUGCUUUGAUUUCCUCAUCCCAAAGUUUUCUGAAGGCAAAAGAACCUCACAGGAGGUCAAGCGUAGAGCUUGUUGUCAGAGCCGUGAUGCCAGUGCCAGCGUUGGCUCCAGUGUAGGGAGCAGCCAACCAAAAUCAUUUGAGUCACACGGCUCAGUGCCUUCAACAGGUGAUGAACGAACAGACUUCACAUCACAGUGUCCUCAGAGUGCACAGGGUCAGUCGAAUAGUGGGGAAGACCACUUCUGUUUGGAGAACUGUGGACCACAAAUGGCCCCCUUAUCUCUGGAGUUAACAGCAAAUGGCGUGUGCCCCAUGUUGUCUUUGCCAUGCCCAGACUCUGACAAAGUGGAUCAUUCCUCUCAAUUCUGCGAAAGGGACAUUUUAGAGAUAGGAGAUGUGUGUAAUCAGAGUGAGUUGAGUUUGGCAGACUGUGGCUUACCUUGUGAGCUGUCAACCACAGGGGAUGUGAAUCCGCCAGAACUCAUUGAGCCAGAAGGCAGCAAUGUUAAACAGACUGUUGAGACGCUUGGUGCUGAAACCAACUGUAACCCUAGUUCAUGUCCACUCAACACAUCAGGGGCGGAAGAUUGCCGUAAGUUAUUAGAGCAAAGUGAGGCUGGCCUUGAACAGAGGAUGGCAGGUGAUCUCUCAGACCCUACACUUACUGCUCUAAGCCACGAAGAGGGAUUUGGGGAGAGGAGCAGCGUAGAGAGAGAGGUGGCUGAACAUCUGGCGAAGGGAUUUUGGUCUGACCUAUGUCCAUCUCAUGCUCAGCCACUCCCCCUGGAUCCCAUAGACCAAAACAAUCUGGCAAAAGCAUCAGACUUUCAUUGGCUUAAGCAGCUGGACCUGACCUCCAGUGUAGGAGACUGUCCCUUCCUCAAGGAACUGGAGACAGGUGGUGACCCACCUCCACCCACUGACAGCCUGUCCCAGUCAGAGAAGAGUCCCUACAUGUCUUCCUCGCUCAACUCUGGGGAUGACUCAGACCUGGACACAGAUGGAGAUACUGAGGCCAACAACAAAAGAGCAGCAGAGAUUCAACUUCCAUUCCCAGUGGAGCAGAUCUCAGCACUGAGCCGGAGUGCCUUCCAGCAGCUUUUGAGACGCCAUAACCUCACCCAGGAUCAGCUGGAAUUUGUCCAUGACGUCCGCCGACGAAGCAAAAACCGUGUCGCAGCUCAGCGCUGCCGAAAGAGGAAACUAGAUAGCAUACAACAGCUAGAAUGUGAAAUCAAAAGAUUAAAAGGUGAGAAAGAGCGGCUGCUGCAGGAGCGAACUGAGCUGGAACAAAACCUGGAAGAGACGCGACAGAGUCUGUGUGGUUUAUGUAAGAGCGUCAGCAUCGAGUCUGGUUCUGAUGAGGACCACUUGCAACUUCUUGCUAAGCUCUCCUCACCAGACUUACCUAUUUUGUCACCUAACCAUGUGGGUAAAGAUGAGGAGUCCCAGAUCAAUAUUGAAAUGGUAAGUUGCUCCUCAGAUUGUGACCCAAGCACCCAGCCGGCAGGCUCAGUUCAAACUGCUGCACCAGAGGCCAGCACACAGACAGAGGAGGCAGGUUCUCCAGAGAGCUGCCCUGAUCCUGCAUCUCUGCUCAACACCUGUCUGGACAUUAACAAUAUACUGUAAUCCCCUUUUGGGAUAGAUAUGCUUUCCUGUGUAUUUCACUGAAUGAUUUUCUGCCUGAUAUCAGUCUCUUAAAGUGACAUAGAGAAAUGUCAGAUUUCCUUCACUGUAUUUCUAAUAUGCAUUUUACUGUAGUAAACACAGAUUCCAGUAUUAAUCAUUUUGAAAGUGCAGACAAUUUUCAGGUAAUUUCCAAUUCCAUUUGUACAUUAGGAGGAUGUUUCGUAAAAUUAAGUUUGUUUUUCUCAGGGAAACUCAUAACCCAAUUGUCUUUUAUGGCUAAUAUAAUUCUUGCUGCACACCCACCUAACUCUCCUCCUUUAUGCACACAUAUUCUCACAGUUAUAAAAAAACAUUUAUUUAAUUUUAGGCAAAUUUGUCUAUCAUUAUAAUCUUGACACAUACUGUAUUAUUCCCCCACUAUGCUGUUUCUUUUGUUAAAUAUGCACAGCACUAACAGAUCUUUCUACAGUAGAUUAUGAGGAAUUGUUACGGCUAACUUAAAUUCUCAACAGCAUUAUUUGAAUGCCAGUGGAUUGUUUGAAUGAAAGUUUGAGGAAUGGUUUCAGUGUGUCUGAGUGUGUUACAAGGGAACAUAAGAAAUUAUGUUAUUUGAUGCAAAAUGUGCCUUACGCAGUAGUAUAGUAUGAAUACAGAACAAAAGGCAACCUUUUUAUAUUCUUGUCUCAAGCACUGUUGCACAUUAACCCAGAGCCCAUAUUAAUGGCAUUAUCUUACAUUUAGGUCUGUCUUCAUAUUGAGUAUUUUUUGUUAAAUGCUUUCUUGGAUUACAUGUUUAAAUAAACAACAUUUUGUUACCA